AUGUCAGACACCGAAGCCAAUACCAUGGAAAAUGUACCUGAGAAUGAGGAGAUGACUAAAGAACAAAGAUUAGAAGCAGCUCGUAAAAAGUUUGAGGAGAUGAAAAAGAAAAAGAAGAAAGAUAAGAAGAAGAAAUCAAAGAAUACAGAUACAGAGACUGGAGGAGGAGGAGGAGGAGAAGAAGAAGAAGGAGAAAAGGAAACCGUUAAGGAAAAAAGUGAAAGGGAAGACACCUCAAGUAAUAAAGGAGAAGAUAUCUCAAAGAAACAAACAGAGGCCAAUAUGGAAACAAAACCUGGUACGCGAGACGAACCUAUACCAAAAGAGACAACUAGUGAUGAUGAUAACGAUGGUCACGACGUUGUCGUCGGUGAUAUUCAGCUGGAUCCAAUUGAACAAUCAAAAGAUUUAUUGCAUUCUACAGGUCAAGAUUUAUCAAAGUCCGAAAGUGUUUCAGUUGAAGAUUUGAAGAAAAUCAUUGAGGACCAAGAGAAAACAAUACAAGCACUAAAGGACGAGAUAAAGAAUAUCAAAUUAUCAAAGAUGGAACUUGAUGAUCAAAUAAGUGACUUGAAGCUCGAGAACGAACAGUUGAAAAAGAUCGAAUCUAAGGCAACGGUGGCUGUUUCGAGCGGGGAAGCAAGGCCGGCAGCGCCAGUCUACUCGCAUCCCAUCACCGUGGCCAUGCAAGCUAUCACAACUAACGAAUACGCGACAAUAUCUCAACAAAACUUGAAUAAAUCCAGUUCUACUGAAGAUUUUCGAGAAAAACUUAUGGUUUGGAAAGGUUGGCAAGUUGACAUGAGAGAGUGGAGCAACCCAGUUACACAAAUAGUCCUCUAA